AGGGUGAGGGUGAGGGUGAGGGUGACUGGCGCGGGCUCAGACUCAGACUCAGGCUCAGGAGCGAGCGGCAUGGCAUGGGAUACAUUUAUGAAGAUGAAUAGUUGGCCACUGUAACAAGGCAAAGACUCCCGGUGAGAUUAUUGAUACUACCUGCCUUAAUGAUUACUCAAAUCCCCAUGCCAUCGACAUUAAAUUCUUUAGUAACCCCUUCAUUAUGUAUUGCCCAUCCACCAACCUUCUCAUUUUCUCCGCCUAUCACUUCCUCGUUACCGUUCACAUUGCCCUCGCCCUCUAGACGCCGCUGUUUCCGUUUUCAGGCGUCAUCUUCUUUAGUUGUCCCGCUUCUUCCCGUCUCAAUCCAUCAGGUGCUUAUUCCAUCCGAGGCUAAAACUCUUCAUCUAUAUGAAGCAAGGUAUAUAGCAUUGCUGGAGGAGCUGUUACUUAAAAAGGACAAGUUGCUGGUGCAUUUUGUGUUGGAUCAAAUUGAUUUUAGAAGUACAUCAGUGGAAGCAUCAUUUGUUGCUAACUAUGGUUGUUUGGCCAUAAUAGAGAAAGUUGAACAUCGAGAUGUUGGAGCAUUAAUCUCCUUAAGGGGUGUAGGACGAGUAAAAAUAUUACAUAUUUGUCAGGUCUCCAGGUGUUUACGGCUACUAGUGGGAUAUGUAUGUCGCAAACUUGGAGCUUAUGGUCUAGUUAUACCACUUCAAGAUAAUGUUUAUAACAAAAUGGCAGAUCUAAACUCCAAAGUUAGUGAAUUGAAGAAAGUUCUUUGCAGUUUGAAUAGCUUGGAGAUAAAGUUGAAGGCCCCAGGGGAAGCAAUGUUGCAAACACAAACUAUGAGUUCUCUUGUUUGGGCUGAAAGGCAACUGUCUUUGGAUUGUGAUCAUGCCCCCUCUUUCAUUCCACCUUUGGCCGAAAGAGUUUCUUUUGCAGCACUUCAACCUAUUUCAGGUGCAAACCCUGCUGAAAUGUUUGCAUUACAGAGAGAGAAAUUGAUAGUAAUGGAGAUCUCAGAUACGCUAGAAAGAUUGGAGAAAUCAGUCAAUCUAGCUAGAAAAAAUAUCGCCGUUGUAGCUGCCAAGCUUGCUAUUCAAUCUCUUGGGACACUUUAAGGUGUGAAAAUUCAUGCUCGUGUGAUUAUGUGAAAUUCAACACCAAGUGCCCUGGUCUGGAGGUGUGUAACCAUUAGGUGUGAUACUUGGAGGUGCAGGCUCUUAAACUUACACGGUUUACUUGCACAUCCUAGUAAACUUUUCUAAAACAAUGAGCAGGCGAGCCAAUAGAAACCAAGCUUGAGGAUGCCGUGGAAACCUUGAAAUUGCCAAGAGCAAGAAACUGUUGAUCUCAUAGAAGAACAAGAAGAUGGGCUAGUUUACUUCAUCAACCACUACAUCAUGUUUUGUAAACGUAUGCUACAAAAUCUAGACUCCAACUAAUUCUACUGGGUUUUUUAAGCAGGGUGUGCAUAUAGCAAAUUUAAUAGA